CAUCACAUUCCCCUGGUUAGGGGAUUUGUGAUUCCGCCAAAAUAGUUCCGCGUAGGAAUGAAUUUUUUUUUUUAAUGAGAAAAACGGUGUUGAAUAUGUGUUUAAAAUGGAAUGUUAUUUAAAGAAAUUUUAUUAAAUUAUGUUUAAGGGUGAUUUCAAAUGUCUAUAAAGAAGAAUUGCAAUUAUUAGAAACAUGUUUAUCUGUCUUACUUUCGCUUUCACAAUUCAAUCGUAAACAUGGCAAGUCCAAGAGAUAUCAUACUUGAGGUUGCUAAAAAGGGAGGAUUUCCCAUGCCACUCAAGGAACUGCAAAUCGAAGCGUUACUUUGUGUCAUUGAAAAACGUGACAUUAUGGCUAUACUCCCAACAGGUUAUGGUAAAAGCCUGAUUUACCAGCUGGCACCACUUAUCCUUAAAGAUUAUUAUAAUCUACAGAAGUCUGUUUGCAUCGUGUUGACACCUUUGAACAGUAUUAUGCAAGAUCAGAUCAUUGCACUGCAAAAGAUUGGAGUACAAGCCUGUUGUGUGGACUAUAACUGUCAGGGUGGUCAAGCAUUGUUUGAUGAUGAUGGUGAUGAAGGGGGUGCUAAAUCAGAUGGAGAUGUAAUAUUAACGGUCCCUAUGUCCGAUAUUGCUGAUGGAAAGUUCACAUUGGUGUAUUCUCACCCUGAGGCGCUUUUAAGCACUGAUACGGGGAAAUCCUUGAUACAAAAUUUGGAGAAUAAAAAAAUAAUUUCGUGCAUAGCUGUAGACGAGGCACACAUGAUUCUGGAAUGGGGACAGCAGUUUCGACAAGACUUCAGCAGAAUAGGUUCUGAUCUCUUGGCAAGGUUUACUAACAUUCCUGUUCUCGUGUUCACUGCUACAGCUUCACCAGAUGCUCAAAAGAAGAUAUGCGCAAGUCUUCAACUUAAAACUCCAAAGAUAAUAGCAAUGAAUCCUGAUAGACCAAACAUUAAAUAUAUUAAAACUGAACGACCGUCUUCUUCAAACACACAAGACCAUCUGGAUGAGAUCCUUACUCGUAUGGCUGAACAGCUUAUCAAAGAAAAACAUCAAUAUCAACUUACUAUCAUGUACACGGACACAUAUGUAAUAAGCUAUGUCUAUGCUUUCUUUGAGAAAAAAAUGGGUGACCUUCAGUAUGUGGGAGAUGCCGUGCCGGAGAACAGACUUUUUGCUCAGUACCACCAAACAUAUACAGAAAAAAUGAAACGACACAUAGUCAAAGAGCUAUGCAAAGAAAAUUCGAAGAUCAGACUCAUAUUUGCAACUGUAGCCCUUGGAAUGGGACUAAAUGCACCAAAUAUCAGAACUGUUAUUCAUUACAAGCCACCAACUUCCAUCGAAAAGUACUUCCAGGAAACUGGCCGGGCCGGAAGGGAUGGAUUACCAAGUACGGCAGUUAUGUAUUAUAACAAUACUGACAUACGAAGAAAUCGACCAGGAAUAGAGCGGCAAAUGAUACAAUAUUGCAAGAACAGUUCAAAAUGCAUGAGACUAUUAAUGCUGGAAUGUUUUGGAUAUUCAAAAAGUGAAAAUAUUGAUAACAACUUGUGUUGUAGCAUUUGUGAUAAGAAUCUUCAAACAACAGUUGACUAAUACAAAACAAGAAUUAGCCUAUAUGAAAACUGUCACUAUAGAGAUACCAUUCACAUACCUCUAACAAGUCUUGCUGAACAUGAAAUAGUUCUUCGAUGACUGGAGACAACUGGUCAAACCUCUCUGUUCGACUGUGAGUACCAGAUCUCAGAACGCGUGCCGAAUCAAAUGUUACCCGUGUCAGCUGAUCACCACCCAGGGGAAUACUGGCCAUGUUGUUAAACUCAUCACCUGAAAAUAACCAAAACAAAUAAUUAAUUGUUGCAUUUUAUUUGUUUCAUAAAAAUACUAAUUUGUUUCAAUGCACAUUCUUGUAGUAUUUUUAGUUGUUUAUGUUUUCUUUACCGAUAUACAAUAUAUUUGGUAUGCCUGAUGUUUAGGACACUGUGAUUAAAGAAUUUAAGUGUUAUGUGCGUAUUUUUCCGAAUAAUAGAGACACUUAUAAAUGGAGAAGACAAUUAACUUUUUUCCUUGUUUUCGCUCUGUUAUUGUAUUCAUAAAUGAAAACUUUGAGCUUUAUGUAUAUAAAACAAAAAUGCUUAAUAUGGUGUUUGUGAAACAGAAAGCCAGUAAAACAUUUUCAUUAGUAUUAGCAAUAAUAAAUACCAUUUCUGACACCAAUAUUUUUGUAGAAUGGGAAUAGUGUAUAACAUAAUGAUGUAUAUUGUAACUGAAAAGAGUUUCAAACAGUUUAUCAAGCAACUAAACUGUAAUAUGUUGCAACAUAUUAGGGAAAGAUCUAGGAUCCGAUAUGGUACAGGGUGCUGCAUAAAAGGAGCAGGGUGGAAAUUUGGACCAAAAAUUUUCUUUUAGUUUGCUAUAUCCAGGGUACUCAUUAGUCAAAUGCAUGUGAUCAAGGGUUUAAAGCACAUCUGCUGCAUUUUUCAUUAAAUAUUUAGGAAAAUUAAAUAUUUUCAUAAUUUUUUGUUGGCCAGAACAGAGGGGCAGGAGGGAAGAACAAAAAAGGAGCAGGUUGCAGCACCCUCCUGUUUUACUUUAGAUCUUUCCCUAGACAUACAUUGUAUAUAACUAAAGCAAAGCAAAAGUGUGGCCGUAACACAUGCUUAUUACGUCAUAUUUUACUAGUACGCGAAGCAGGAAAGUGUAAACAUCGUUGAAAAUUUUAAAAAUCCAUGUAAAGUAUCUUAUUUUUCAAUUGACUUUAAUGAAAUAAAGACGAGACUUUUGAGCCGACACAAAAAAA